AUGGCUUCCACCAGCAACCGAAGAGGCUCUUCGUCGGCGUCUUCUUCUUCUUCUUCUUCCGAUCUGCAGUUUUUAUUCGAUGCGUUCUUGAGCUUUAGGGGCGAAGAUACCCGCAACAGCUUCGUUAGCCAUCUCUACGCGACUUUGCAUCGGAAAGGGAUUGUCACCUACAAGGACGAUGAAAAGCUCGAAAGGGGGAGAGAAAUUUCGCUGGAGCUCGUGAAAGCCAUCGAGGGUUCGAGGUUUUCGAUCAUCAUUUUCUCAGAAAACUACGCUUCUUCGACUUGGUGCCUGGACGAACUUGCCAAGAUCAUGGAAUGCAAGAACCUGAGGCGGCAAACAGUUGUCCCCAUUUUCUACAAUGUGAAUCCCUCGGAAGUACGGAAGCAAACAGGGAAAAUCGCAGAAGCCUUUGCGAAACACGAAGAAGAGACAAAGGAGAAGGUGCAGAGGUGGAGGGAAGCUCUGAUCAAAGCUGCCAAUUUGUCUGGGUGGGAUUUACAAGAGCAGGGCAGGUCCGAAUCCAAGCUUAUUGAUGAAGUUGUCCGCUUUAUACUAAACAAACUGAAGUAUUUUUCCAAAAGUAUUCAAAAGGGUCUAUUUGGUAUUGGUUCUCGCAUAGAAAAAUUGGAUUCAUUGUUAUGCACGGAACUCAAUGAUGUUCGCUUUGUUGGAAUAUUGGGCAUGGGUGGCAUAGGUAAAACCACCAUUGCAGAAGUUGUUUACGAUCAAAUCUCUGUUCAAUUUGAAGUAUGUUGCUUUCUUGCAAAUUUAAGGAGACAACAUGAUUUAGUUUCUUUACAAGAAGAACUUUUUUUCAAAAUCUUUAUGGAAAGAAUAUAUAUAGAUAAUUGUAGUAUGGGAGCAAAUUUCAUAAGGAGUAGGCUUCAUUUCAGAAAGGUUCUUAUUGUCCUUGACAAUGUGGAUAAGUUAGAACAGUUAAAAGCACUUGCUGGGGAGCAUAAUUGGUUUGGCCUUGGAAGUCGAAUCAUCAUCACGACUAGAGAUGAACAUUUGUUAAUUGCACAUAAUGUGAAAAACAUAUAUAAGGUUGAACAAUUGGACGAUAGAGAAGCUGUCAAACUCCUUUGCUUGAACGCUUUUGGGCAGGAAUACCCAAAAGAAGAAUAUUCUAAAGUUGUAAACUCACUAGUAAGUUAUGCAAGCGGCCUUCCAUUAGCGCUAAAAAUUUUGGGUUCUCAUCUUUGUGGCAGAGGUGUUGAUGAAUGGAAAAGUGUGUUGAAUAAACUAAAAAUGUGUCCCCAUGAUGAUAUUCAAAAGAUUCUUAGAAUAAGUUAUGAUGCACUGGAUAAUCAGCAGAAGAAUUUAUUUCUUGAUAUUGCAUGUUUCUUUCAAAGAGAUGCAAAGGAGUAUGCAAUUAAAAUACUAGAGGGGUGUGAAUAUUUUUGCCUUGCUGAUGUUAGUGUUCUUGUUGAAAAGUCACUUAUAGCAAGGGAAUAUUGCUUCUCGGUGCAUGACUUAUUACGAGAAAUGGCAAGGGAUAUUGUUCGUCAAGAGUCCCCUAAAGAGCCUGGCAAACGCAGUAGGUUAUGGUCCUAUGAAGAUGUUUGUCACGGGACUGAAGCAGUUGAAGCCAUAUUCUUAGACCUUGGUAGACUAGAAGAGUUGAAUUUUAGUGCUGAAGCCUUUGCAACCAUGACCAAUCUAAGAUUGCUCAAAAUCUGUUACACGGACUCGAAAGUUAAAUAUCCUUGCGGACUACGAGGAGGUUAUGAUGAGGAUUUCUAUAAGAAAAAGUACAAAGAUUGUAAAUUGCAUAUUUGUGGAAGCCUUAAGUUUCUUUCUAACGAAUUAAGGUGUCUCUACUGGUGUGGAUUUCCUUUUGAAUAUUUUCCUGCAAAUUUUUAUCCGGAGAACAUUGUUGAGCUUAAUAUAUCUUAUGGCCGCAUAAAAAAACUAUGGGAAGGGACCAAGGUAUGCAAGAAUUUGAAAUUCAUGAAUCUCAGUCACUGCCAUAAUCUGAGGAAGACCCCAAAUUUUAGUGGUGUCCCAAACCUUGAGAAACUAGUUCUUAAUGAUUGUAUAAAUUUGGAUAAGAUUCAUCCAUCCAUUGGAACUCUCAAGAGACUUAUUCUUUUGUAUUUAAAGGGCUGCAAAAAGCUUAAAGAUCUUGUGAGUCCAAUUGACUUGGAAUCACUUGAAAUUCUCAGUCUUGAAGGCUGUUCGAAAAUUCGGACAUUUCCUAAUGUUUCAAGUAAUAUGCCACGUUUAGGUGUGCUUUCUUUGCGGGGGACUUCCAUCAUAACGCUACCACAUUCCAUUGGAGAUCUAUGUGGCCUCACUUGUCUAGAUCUUAGGGACUGCAAAAACCUUGUGUUUCUCCCAAGGAGCAUGUGUAUGCUAGAAUCUCUUAAAUUAUUCGAUCUCUCGGGCUGCUCAAAACUUGAGGAAUUGUUCCCAUUCUCAAGGCUAUCCUCUUUAAGAUGUCUAUAUGUCUCUAAUUGCAAUUUGUUGACAAUCCCAAAUGACAUAGUCUGCCUCUCAUAUUUGAAUGCUACAUCAACAAAUUGCUCAAAAUUAUUGAAGAAUCAAUGCAUUGAUGAUUGGGUUGAGAUGUUAAUAAAGAAUCGACAGCAGGCUUUUAACUCAGGAUCAUUUUUCACCGUUAUUCUUCCUGGAAAAGAGAUUCCAAAAUGGUUCAGCUAUCAGAACAUGGGGAAUUCAGUGUCUAUUCAAUUGCCUCCAAAUUGGUAUCGUGAUAUAGUGGGAGUUGCUGUGUGUGCUGUUUUGAAUGUUUUGGAAUUCCAUCUAAAAAUCGAAUUUUCCAUUACAUUGGAAACGAGAAAUGGUGAUGUCUAUAACCCUUCUUUUCGUUACAAUAAAGUUCCGUUAUUCUACUACUUUACACGCAAAGAGAAGCACCUAUGGAUUCGUUAUUUUUGUUUAAAUUUAAGAGAAUUCAGCGAUGCAGAAUACUACUGGAGUGAUGAUUUAACCAAAAUGAAUGUUUGUUUUGAUUCCGGCCGUGAUUCUUGUGUGGGGGUCCAGAAGUGUGCAGCCCGUCCAAUAGGGAAAAACGAGGUGGCGUUUGACCUCAUGGAGAAUGGAACCAAUUGUUUGACUGGGGAUGACGACGCCGAGCUUGGUGCGACUGCAGAGGAAAGUGAUGGUGUUCCGGCAAAUGGGGAGGAGGAUGAGGGCCAUGUUGAACUUGAGAGUCUCGGCGGCGCCCUUGGCGGUGGAGCGGUGGUGAUGCGGUAG